AUAAGUCUUCAUUUUUUCGGAAAAUAAAGUUUCGUUCGCAUUGGGGUCCAUUGUAAAAAUGGCCAAAGAAAAUGUUGAUUAUCAAAAGCUACAAAUCGAAUUAGAACAACAAGAACUCGAGUCUGCAGGAGGAGGGACAUCACCUCAGGUGUAUAAUCAGCUGUUAGCCCUGUACCUUCUUCACAAUGACAUGUGCAAUGCAAAAUUUUUAUGGAAAAGAAUACCACAGUCAGUCAAGAGCUCGAGUCCUGAAACAGGUCAUAUUUGGGCAGUGGGACAGAAGUUGUGGUUGAGGGACUACCCAGGAAUCUAUGAAGCAUUAAAGAAAGAAUGGUCAGAAAGUGUGCUACAAAUAAUGGAGGCAGUGAAAGCUGCCACAAGAGAAAGAGCCAUGAGACUAGUAUCUAAAGCCUACAGUUCCAUCAAUGCUGAAGAGUGGGCUGUUUUUAUGGGAAUGCCUUCAAAUGAGGCUAUACAAGCGGCAACCCAAGAAGGGUGGACAUAUGACUCUGCAACUAAGUAUAUUAAACCUAAAAAGCUAGUGCCUGCCAAGGAUCCUGAACUUUUAAGUGAGCAGCAGUUAUCAGUUCUAACAGACUAUGUGUCAUUCUUAGAGGCGUGAAAGACAGAUUACCUGUGAUAUACUUCUGUUAUUGGUGCAUGCCGACAUGUUGCUCCACAAACAUCCAAGUGUCUAUCUGAACAAAAAACCAUUCUUUGAUGGGAGAUAUACAAA